GUGCUCUCUCCGCCCUCGACUCGGUGUGGGGACGCUGAACUCGCCUCUCCUUCGACUCCGCAGUGGGCGGCCAAACCCCAUGCUCCGGCCGAGGAAGAGCUGGAGGCCUUUAAGGCUUCGGCCCUGCUCGCGAGCCACGCAGAGUCGAAUGCC